CAAACCGGCCGCGGUUCCAGCACAAACGCCGUGUAGCCCAUGUAAUUGCAUGACGUAGCCACUCGAGAUCCUUUGGACUUUCGGCGCUCGCGCCGUCCCUCGUCAUCCACCCGCGACCCUACAACACUUGUUGGACUUUCAGCCCAUUUUGCGUGGCAGAAGCGCAUCGCCAGCGACCCCUCGCCAUGGCAUCGGCCAUCUUCUUCCUCGACCUCAAGGGCAAGACCCUUCUUGCCCGUAAUUACCGCGGCGAUAUUCCCAUGUCAGCUGUCGAAAAGUUCCCCAUCCUCCUCAGCGAAGCCGAAGAAGAGUCGUCAGCGGUCCCCCCUUGUUUCUCUCACGAGGGCAUUAAUUAUCUGUACAUAAGGCACAACAAUCUUUACCUGCUUGCCCUGACGAAACGAAAUACCAAUGCCGCCGAGAUCCUACUUUUCCUGCACAAGAUUGUCGAGGUUUUUACCGAGUACUUCAAGGCGCUCGAGGAGGAAUCCAUUCGCGACAACUUUGUCAUCAUCUACGAGCUUCUCGAUGAGAUGAUGGAUUUUGGCUACCCGCAAACCACCGAGUCCAAGAUUCUGCAAGAAUACAUCACCCAGGAAUCGCACAAGCUCGAGAUUCAAGCCCGCCCGCCCAUCGCCGUCACCAAUGCCGUGUCAUGGCGUUCUGAGGGCAUCCGCUACCGCAAGAAUGAAGUGUUCCUUGACGUCAUUGAGUCCCUCAAUUUGCUGGUAUCUGCCAACGGCAAUGUACUGCGGUCCGAGAUCCUAGGCGCCAUCAAGAUGAAGUGCUAUCUCUCAGGGAUGCCCGAGCUGCGUCUCGGCCUCAACGACAAGGUCAUGUUUGAAACCACGGGGCGGACGACGCGGGGCAAGGCCAUCGAAAUGGAGGACGUCAAGUUUCACCAGUGCGUACGCCUGUCCCGCUUCGAGAACGACCGCACCAUUAGCUUCAUCCCGCCCGACGGCGAGUUUGAGCUCAUGUCAUACCGCCUUAAUACGCAGGUCAAGCCCCUGAUCUGGGUCGAGUGCGUGGUCGAGUCGCACAGCGGGUCUCGCAUCGAGUACAUGCUCAAGGCCAGGGCCCAGUUCAAGCGCCGCAGCACAGCCAACAAUGUCGAGAUCAUCGUGCCCGUCCCCGACGACGCCGACACGCCGCGCUUCCGGACCAGCGUGGGGUCGGUCCACUAUGCCCCCGAGCAGAGCGCCAUCGUCUGGAAGAUCAAGCAGUUUGGGGGUGGUAAGGAGUUUCUGAUGCGCGCCGAGCUGGGCCUCCCCAGCGUCCGAGGUGAUGACGAGCACGGGGGAGGCAUGACCGGCGGCUUUGGGGGCAGCAUGGGCGGUGUCGGCGCCCCUGGCAAGGGGGCCAAGAGACCGAUUCAGGUCAAGUUUGAGAUACCCUAUUUCACCACGAGCGGAAUCCAGGUGCGGUAUCUGAAGAUCACAGAGCCAAAGCUCCAAUACCCUUCCUUACCAUGGGUUCGCUAUAUCACACAGUCUGGGGAUAUCGCAGUGAGGUUACCAGAUGCGGUAUGACGCGAGAUUGGAAGCCCAGGCAGUAUCCGUCCUGCCCGGCAAGCUCAUCACGUAUCCAUUGAAGAAGGC